GCAGCCGAAGCUGCAGCCUCAACAGCAUCUUCGGAGCAGAAGAGGCGAGGCAGAGCGCUCGCAGGCCGCCAGCUCCGCCUCCGACUUCCUCCUCCCCGAGACUCGCACCCCGCUGCAGAGAUGUGCAAGGGGCUGGCUGGGCUGCCCGCUUCCUGCCUGAGGAGCGCAAAGGAUGUGAAGCACCGGCUCGGGGCGCUGCUGCAGAAGUCGGGCUCCUGCGACCAGGGCUCUUCACACGGCAGGAGGGACAGGCUGGUCGUCUGCCAGAGGGUGAGCCAAGAGGAAGUGAAAAAGUGGGCCGAGUCCCUGGAAAACCUGAUGAGCCAUGAAUGUCAACCUGGACGCCUGCACCCGGGAGGAGACCAGCCGGAACGUGCGGGCGCCCACGGCCACCUGCUUCGACGAGGCCCAGCGGCGGAUCUUCCACCUGAUGGAGAAGGACUCCUACCGCCGCUUCCUCAAGUCACGCUUCUACCUGGAGCUGGCCCGCCCUUCCGCCUGCGGGCCCGGGAAGCAGAAAGGGGCCAAGCGCGCAGCCGACGGCCCUUCCCUGGUGCCCCAGUGCGCCUAGUCCCCUGGGCGGUGAGGGCCGAGAGGCCGAGACUUGUGCCGGGGACCUGCAGGCCAGCUCUGGUCUGCGGCGGCAGGCACGUGUCUGCACCGCAGCCUCGUUUCCACGCUGCCUGCCCUGUGUCCCCUGCUAGAUUUCGUGUCUGUGUUUCUGUGUCCAUCGGGCGAGCCCCUCAUUCCAGUCCGAUGCCCCGCCCCCCCAUUUUUUAGGGUGCCAUGGGAGGUUUCCAAAUACUGGGCCGAUAGGCCUGGGCUUUUCGAGAUUGUUGGCCCCUCUGUCUGCCCAGCAGCGUGGCCUCAGCUGGCUCAGUGGUGGGUCCAUGUCAUGUGACACCCACAGACUCAUGGGUAACGUCAGGACUUUCUGCAAACUGGGUGUCCAGGUGAGGCGGAUCAGUAGUGUGUUUGCGUGUCUGUGCGCACGCAUGUGCAUCCACCCCCCCUUAAGAGUGGACGGAGAGGCCCCAGGCACUCGGCGCGCACACACACACACACGCACCUCCGGUCCCCGGGCCCCCUCCCGAGACAGCAGCAGCACUGGGCCCGCCGCCGCCCUCCAGGGGGUCAUACCUGAUUCAACCGUGACCUCCACCUCACUGAGCCGCAUUCCAAAGAGCAAAGGUCAUGGAGUCUUGUCCUUGACUCGCAGGGCUGUCCCAGGCUGUGGUCACUACAGUCCCGCUGUCCGCCUGGGUGCCUGAGGCAUGAUGGCCAGCAGCUGGGGGGAUGAGGGGCUGGACAGUGUGAGGAACGCAGGCUCGCAGGCCCACGGAGAGCUCAGGACGCAGGGGCCUGGUCUCCACUUCCAUCUGCUGCCUCUGCUGACCGAGGUGGGCCUGUCAUUCUGUGGGUUCCUGGGAACGCAGCCGUCCCACGGGGCUGCUGACUUCCCGGUGGCAUGUUCGGGUCCCGUGGGCUCUAGGAUGUAGCCUAGGCUCCACACUGCCCCCGGGGACGGUGGCCUUGUCUACGGAACACCCUUCUGCAAACUGAGAGCCCCCAGAGUCGCUGUUCUGAGCGGCGCCCACUCACCGCAUCCGUUUGCGCAUCCCGCACACUGGGCCGACGGGCUGAGUUCCAGGCUCCGAGAGGAACAUGAUGGGGCGACCAGACCAGGGCGUGAACUGCUGGACCUGCCGUUUGGAACUUCCCGAGGCCCACGGACUACUUGAAGACUCCUCACUUGUGUUAUUUAUGAUGCUGUUUUGUACAUGUUUGUAUUACCGUGUUGUUUUAUAAAUGGAGGCGCACAGCACCCUCCCAAGCGGGUCA